AUGAUAUUGAUUUUGUCGAUAGCCAACGCUGCAGCGACAAACCCAUAUUCGUGCAUUGCGUUUACGCUGUCCCUGUCAGGCGCCAUGUUAACAGCUGGUCUAUACACCGACUUCAAGCUCGACCUCGACUUGAUUCACAUUUUCACACCCACGACCAGUCUCACCAUGGGACAACGCGAAUGGGCUCUUCAAGGAUCUGGGCUGCAAGGAUAUGUUGCCACGCAUGUUCCCAUGCAGAUUAUCAUUCAUGCACAGGGUGACAACGUUAUGACCUAUGAAGGCAUUGAACGAGCCUUUCAGAUGUAUGAGUUGACCAAUUCGAUCGGGGGCCUAGAUGAAAUCUGCGGCCGCAACGAAAACUCGAAUACCGACAUGCAGCGAGUCCAAACCAACUAUUUUACCGAAUGCGAUGUUCAGUCUGUCACUCGGUUUUGGGAUCACAACAGGACGGCAUUUCAAGAAAUGGUACCCGUAAACGAUGACAACGUAACUCGCUUCCUGCUGAACAAUACCUACCCCGACGGCACAACCGUAGAUUACGACAUGAUCUUCGGAUCGCUCCAAACAAGGGAUGAUGGAAUCCCUGAGUCAGCCACAGCGCUCUUUGUUACAGUCGAAGUCCCCUUGUCAAGGCUGGGAUCGCGCAAACAAUUGUACGACUACUCCGACAGGUUGCUGUCCAACGUCACGGCGAUCCGUCAGUCUUGGGCAUCACAGUCAUCCGAUUAUCGAGUCGAGUUUGCCUUCAACUACAGAAUCGACCAAGAGUUUCUCUCCACGAUACUCUCCGAUUUGCCCAUCUUGCCCAUAGCGUUUUCUCUCAUGCUCGCAUUCAUGUGCUGCAUAUUUUGGAGGCGACAUCGAGUCCAAUCCAGACUGUUGCUUGCAUUUGGAUCUGUCGUGACCGUUGUCGCCUCCAUGGCCACGUCAUUUGGCAUCAUGUUUAUCUUUGGUGUACCCUUUACUGUCGUGACCAACCUACUUCCCUACAUUGUCUUUGGCAUUGGACUCGAUGAUACAUUCAUCAUCCACGGAGCCUAUCUACGGACAAAUCCCAACCAGCCAACAGAGCAUCGCAUUCGAGAAACCUUUCAAGAAGUGGGGUUGAGCAUUGCAAUGACAACAAUGACAACGUCUAUUGCCUUGGCAUUGGGAAUCAUCUCAACAGUUCCCGCCAUUCGGUAUCUUUGCAUAUAUGCGGCUCCAACCGUUCUCAUUGAUGGGCUAUACCAGAUCAGCCUUUUUGUCAGCUUUAUUGUUCUAGAUGAGCGACGAAUCAAAGCCAAUCGCAUGGAUUGUUGCCCCUGCGUGGUGACGACCUCCAAGUACGAGUACUACGACGACGACGAUGACCUACGUCUGGAAGAAGAUGACAAAAUGUCAGUUGACAAAGUGAGCGUUUCGACUUACGAAGGAUCGUCGAGCAGCAGUAGCAAUCCACCACAAAAACGGAGGACAUGCAUGAGCUGGUACGCAGAUUUGCUGCUUCGCCUACCGGUCAAGAUUGCGGUGCUUGUAACUUUUGCCGGUAUCUUCGUGGGGUUGGCGUACAGCGCAACAUUUUUGAGACAAGAUUUUAGCUUUUUCGAUCUGUUGCCCAGUAAUUCCAGUACUAGGUCAUACCUGGUGUCUUUGGAGGAAUACGGUGGCCACAAUGGCGAGAUCAAUGUGUACUUUCGAGAUAUCAAUCAAUCGGACCCAGAUGUGCAAGUUCAGAUGAUCGACUACCUUGAUCAAAUCAUCGCUCUUGACCACGUCGAACUGAUGCCAUUCUGUUGGGUCCGUGAUUUUCGAGCCUUAUUAACCGACCCUGAAGGCUUGAUCGAAAAGGUUACAAAUGACCCUUCCACUGCUCGGAUCGUAGAGAGGUACCCAGCAUUCGCUGAAGCACUCCGGAAUCAGGGUCAUCUAUUGGACAAGUUGACGCCCAACCAAGUAUUGGACCUAGUUUUGGCUCAUCCAAUUGGCAAGCUACUAUACGAACCGCACAUAAGGCGCGAUCCAAACACAGGAAACGUCAUCAUAUCCCGGUGCAAAGUGACAAUUGAGAAUCUCGAUUACAGCAGCGUCAAAGAUCGGGUCAAUCUCCUGAAUGCACAGAAUGAGGUGACAGAGACACAUCCUAUCAAUCAAGGCGCUGAUGAAUAUCGCGCCUUUCUGUACAAGGAUCUUUUUCAUCUAUGGGAGUUCUUUGAUGUAGCCAUCGCCGAGUUGAAGUAUACUGCAUUUGUGGGCAUCAUCACUGUCACAGUCUGUGCCUUGGUCUUCGUUCCUCACUGGACAGCCAUCACUUACGUCUUUCCAUUGAUGUGCAUCCUAUACGUAAACCUUCUGGGACUCUUCAACUUGGUUGGUCUGACGCUCAAUGUAUUGACCUACGUUGUGCUUGUUGUCUCCGUUGGACUGCUGGUUGACUUUUUAAUGCACGUCUUACUUCGAUAUUACGAGUCCACAAUGACGACGCGAGACGAACGAGUCAAAGACACCUUGGAGACUAUGGGGUCUUCGAUAUUGUUGGGUGGUAUUUCAACAUUCCUUGGUUCGGUGCCUUUGGUCUUCAGUGAAAGCAUGGUGUUCCAAACAGUUUGCAUAGCCUUCUUUUGUAUGAUCACGCUCGGAGUGGUAACUGGACUUGUUCUCCUUCCCGUCCUCUUGUCCAUCUUUGGAUGCGAGCCCACCUCAAAGGAUGAUGUUCAACUCAAGAACAUGUCAUCAUUAUCCUACAGUUGGAAAGUCCCAAGUCCCAAGAACGCCACCCAGUUUACAAUAGCCAGCAACAGCAGUGGCACGUUUCCACCCCCAAUCCUCACUAAUGACUCCAGUGAGCAUGUGAAUAUAGAGGAGGCCGUGCAGACCGCGGUCCAACACGACAUCACAUCCAAUCAAAAACAGCACGCCCAACAGGACAAUAUUAUUUUAUCAAACCACCAACACAACAUGACAGCCGACCAACAUGGCAUUCAAUGCAGCCAAACUCAAAAUGAAAUUCCCCCCAGAUCCUUGUGGGGGAUUGCGCUGCGCUGGUGUGGGGGGUGGCAACUGAUUUUUCAAUAA